CGACGAGCUGAAAAGUAAAUGCGACUCGAUGAUGCGCCCAUGUGUACUCAGUGAUAUUCAUGUUGAAUUCGCGCACGGUGACGUUCGUGUUUGCGAUAAAAUUUAAAUGUUCAACGACGGAGUGUACACAUACACGGGUGUCGUUGCGCACUACUGACGAGAGGACACGCGUAGCAAAACUUCGCAUACAAAGGAGAGAACGGGCCGAUGUUGUAACGCACGUGCCAAAAUGGAUGAGCAAAACGUUCACGGAGGUAUCGGCGAUAUAAAUAGUGCGGUGGCGACUAAAGCCUUAAUUAUACCACGCAAGAAGAGAAUAUGCUUAGUUGGCACAGCUUGCAAUGAUCCUGCACUUGGUCAUGCUGCCCUGCAAUUUAAAGUAUCUGUACUCAAGUCAGAAACUGGUGCAGAAUAUGUCGAGGACACUAGUUAUCACACUUAUUUUGUACUCAAACAAUUCGAAGGUCCCGAGUUUGAUACCUUGUGUAAGAGUGCUCAUAGAAUACUGGGACCCACAGCUUUACUGCAACUGGCAGAGAAGAAAGAUUCACUGCCUAGUAUCAAACGACCAUUGUACACACAAGCUAUGGUAGGCACAGUAGUGGUGUUUAGUGGAUUUCGAGCUAAAGAGGAUGAACUGCGCAAAUUAGCCAAUAUGAUUCUUAGUAUGGGAGGUAGUAUCCGUAAAGAGAUGGGUAUCAAAGUGACGCAUCUCAUUGCAAACCAUUGCAGUGGAGAGAAGUAUAGAUAUGCCGACACAUUUGGAUUGCCUAUUAUGUCAGUAGAAUGGAUAAUAGCAUUAUGGAAUGCCAAAGAUGAUGUUUCCAGUUAUGCGAAAAAAUUAAUAGCAACUUAUAAAUUAAAACCAUUUUAUGGAGCAAAAGUGUGUUUCUUUGGUUUUCCCGAAGAAGAGAAAAAACAUAUGUGUGAAGUCCUGGAGCAACAAGGUGGUGAAUCUACUGAAAUAGAUAAUCCAAAUUGCACUCAUGUGGUGAUAGACGUACCGGGUCCUUUCUACAAGAAAUCCAACAUGAUUAACAAGUUAUCAUAUCUGAAAUAUCAACCUAGUCUUAAUCCGCUUUUCUUAACACGUUUCAAGCCGGUUCCUUCUCCUCUUUAUAAUCCUUAUUCAAACUCAUUUUUUAUUCCGAUAAAAACACGUGCUAAAUAUAAUGGUAUAUCAAGCAAUGAAAAUGCAGAUUUUGUAGAAACACAAAAACAUUACUUUUCAUCAAAAAGCAUUUCGUUUAUAUCGCAAAUGCUUGAUGUAGACACCAGUCAGUAUAACAGUCAGUGGUCUGAUCUUAUUCCUAAUAAUAACCAAGAUUCUACCUUUCAUGCUAGCAUGGACAAUUAUUGUCCUGACUUGCAAAAUUCAAUAAUUAAAUCUGGCAAUAUGCUUCAUCAUUUUGUAGAGCAAAAUGAUUCUGGUAUAGAUAUAAACAAGUCAUCUAAUCUAUCUGAUGUUUUUACCUUGUCAGAUAAAUGUUCAAAUUCGAUAUUAACAAUAAAUGAUAACAAAAUUAAAUUUAAUAUUUCCGAAAAUUCUUUAUUUAGCAGCAAUCAUUCUCUUUACGAGAUUACGUCAAAUUUUCCAAUAAAAUCGGAUGACUUGAAAAGUCCUAAAUCUUUUGAGAAAAAUAAUGUACAUAACAUUUCUAUAUCAUCAAUGAAUAAUAACGCGAUGUCCUUGAAAUAUCGUAAAAAUAUUCACUACAUACAAAAUAACACGUCAAUGACUAAAAGAAUUAUAACUCCGAAACGAUAUGUAAAGUGGAGGAAAACUAGUUCUUGUACAUCCGUCCAUAAAAUGGCGACAUUUGAAAAAUAUAAGUUCAUGAAGACGCGUUCAUAUCCGAACAUAUUAAAACAUUAUGACGAACAAUAUAGUGAUACGUUCGUACAUAAUACAUUAGGUGAAAAAAGUAAAUAUUUAUCUAAAUCGUACACAUCCAUUUUCUCAAAAAUCAGUCAUUUUUCCUUUUGCACGAUAUUUCCUGUUGACAAACAAGAUAUUUCCAACAACUCUUAUUAUCCGCCUCCCGAGAAAACUAUGUUCAAAAAGAAAUAUACAUCCUUAUCCAAGUCUUUCCCAGUACCUACAAAAAUUUCGAACGCUAAAUACAACUCAAGGAAUACCUUUAUACCUAAUGGGAAAAAUUGCAAUGCCGCACCUACAUCAGAUGAUACAAAAAUUGACUGCACAGAUUUGAGAACACAGGACAAAUCAUUGCUCGCGGUUGUAGACGAGUCCAAUGUGAAUGUAUUACCAAACUUGGGUUCAGUCUCAGCUUUUAUAGUCAAAACUGGAUGGUUUUGGACAUCUGUACAGAAUGAAGCAGCAGCCGACGAGAAAGACUAUUUGUUUGAACACUACCUAGAAACGGUCCUGUCUCCUAAUGCGUCUGGCAGACGGGACAGUCAACAGAUUGCAGGACAGAGUGUAGCGUUACCGAAACAUCCCUACUGGUUAGGUACUCCAUUAUCUAAUUUUUUGCAGAAUGGGGCAGAUUCACCAGCAAGUGUUAGUGGGAGCUUUUUGGAUUGCACGGCGAGUCCUGAUAAACAAUUGCUGGACGAUAUUCCAGAGGUAGAAACUAUUGACAUAAAGAAGGUCAGGGGAAAUUUGUCGAAACGUCAUCAAGUUUUCCUUGAAUUAGUAGAGACUGAAUCCAAUUAUGUGGGUAUUCUUAAUACAAUUAUGACGCUAUUCAAAUUACCAUUGGAAAAUCUUAUUGGGAAAAAUGGAAAAGAAUUAUUAAAUAGUACAGAAGCUAGAAUAAUAUUUGGAAACUUUCCACCCAUCUACGACGUUCAUAAACAGUUGUUGGAAUCAUUACGUUACAGUGCUACACAUUGGACAGAAGACAUUAGUAUCGGCAAAAUAUUUCUAAAGUUCGAACCAGAUUUGGUUAAAGCAUACCCGCCAUAUGUUAAUUUCUUCGAAAAUACAAAACAAAUGUUGGACCAAUGUGAUCAAAACAAACCACGAUUCCAUGCCUUCUUGAAAAAUUGUCAGACGAUACCAGAAUGUGGUAGACAAAGCUUGAAAGAACUGUUAAUUAAACCAGUACAAAGGUUACCCAGUAUUAAUUUAUUGUUAAACGAUAUUCUUAAGCAUACUGAUAAAAGUAAUCCAGAUCAUAGCGCCCUGGAAGCUUCUAUUAGCUGUAUUAAGAAUGUCAUGACGUACAUAAAUGAAGACAAAAGGAAAACGGAGCGCCAGUUAGCAAUGUUCGAUAUCUUCAAUGAGAUUGAUAAUUGCCCACCGCAUUUAGUUUCCUCGCACAGAUCGUUCGUCGCCAAAUGUGACGUAAUGGAACUUACAGAAGGUCUUAGCGGUCGGGGUGACCAUUUGGUAUUGUUUCUAUUUACCGAUACUCUCGAAGUAUGCAAGAAGAGGUCGAAAGCCUUUAACUCUUUAAAAAGCCCCAAUACAAUGAAUGGCUUGCAAUCGAGUAAAUUAAGUCAAGGAAAGCCGUAUAAGCAUAUAAAACUACUAUCACUAAAUACUAUACGAAAAGUCGUGGACAUACGAGAAACAGAAGAAUGUCACAAAGUAUUUGCGCUUGUGGUUCGAAGCAAUCAAGAACUAAAGGAAAAAUUGUUUUCAUUUGUGAUUACCGAUGAAGAAGUGAACAAAACGAAUUAUUUGCGGACUUUGUGUAGACAAAUGGCUAUCGCUAUUUGCGUAGCUGAUGCGGAUACAUUACUCAUUAGUCAUGACUCCCAUCAGUUUGAAAUUGAUACAAGCGAUAUAGCGUCAGGAACAUUAAAGAAAACAAUUAAGAGCCUAUUUCAUAAUUUUUACCUGGAGUAUAUGGACCCGUAUGUGUUCCUACUCAAUAGCAUGUGUGAAACUACGUUACAUGUCCCACUACCGUUCGCAUCUCGUACAAGGGCGAGAGUUGGCAGAGCUUUUAGUUUCAAUAAAACUCCAAGCAAAUUAAAUAGAGCAAUGUCCACAAUUAUGUCACCGUUCGGAGUGCCGCAAAAUCUUGCUCCAACGAAUCAGCAGAGAAAUCAGAUGCGGCUAGGCAGCUGCAGCAAUAUCAACGAGCUGGAUAAUGAUGGCUCAAGUUCUCCAACUAGAGAUGACGUUAUUGUAGCACCGAUGUCGGAUCAACCGACUCGAAAGGCUCUUAGUAUGGCUUCGUUGCGAAGGUUGUAAUUAUUAUGCAGGAAGUCGUACUUUCUUUUUACUACAGUAUAUAGUAUUCUGACAAAGAGACGUGCAUUUGUAACAAACUACUGUGAAUUUGUUCUGCGGGGAUCAUACAGAGGAGGUCCGACCUUUGAACAGCAAAGCAAAAUUAUUACGUACUACUACAACUUCGUCUUUAUUGUUAUAACGGGAAUACAGAUCUUUCCAUCAAGCUGAUAAAUUCCAAGUUCUUUAUCGCAAGUAGAAUUAAGUUUCAAAGAAAACGUGCGCGUAUGUAUAUUAUUCGAACUCAAAUCUGAGAUCGUCCAUAAAUAAUCGAAUAAUUUGUUGUACUUGCCAAUGUGCCAAUGCAUAAUUGUGUCCAUUUUGUAACGAAAUUGCAUAUCGCCAAUUACUAUGAAUCUAUAAUGGUUCGCUUUGACAAUACUGUAUUCAGUGACUUCCGAUUCGCGUCCAGUUUAUCACAGGAUGGUCAUUUAUUGCUAUUUUAUACAUCGACAAGAUUUGAUAUAAGAAUUGCAAGAAUAGCUGAGAAUCAAGCUCCGCAAUUUUGCAAUAUAGACGAAAGCAAGGACAGGUUUGCGAAAUCCCACGAAUAUUUGUUAGUGAUCUCGCGUACGUGGUAGGUGUUAAAAAUUCCCGGUGUCAGAUGUAUCAUUGGAAUUUAUCCGGAAUAACGAUAAACACGCCGAUUCCUUCCAAAAGAUUGAUCAUAUAACGACAAUGAGAAGGAUAUUGUAAAUUGCUGCAUACAUACACACACUAGCACAUUAGCAUUUUGUUGAUAGUCCGUUAUUUUAAAACAGGCUCCGAAGUUUAUUUUUCAGUUGAGCCGGUAGCAUGAAGCAAAAGGAGGUUACACACAAUUUAGUUUAUUUGCAAAAUGACCGACUGUUAAAUGCACUCGGCGAAAGAUCUUAUAAGCGUAAUUUUCGUGUUUUCUUUUUUUUUUCUUUUUUUCUUUCGUAAUCUCGUUUUUGUUUACUUAAUCAAUACAUCCUGUGCCUUUGAUUUAUCCCGAGGAAAUUGCGAUAGCGUCGCUUUUAAAUGAAUUCGAUGAAGCCGAGGACCAAACUUUAACGUUUCACAACAUUUGGUAUUAACGACAAACUUCUUUUAUAUGUACGUCUUUCUUAUCACUAGGAUAACAAAGCGAAAGAAAUUGCGAUGUAACGUUGGUAGAUGUAUUUUUAGAGCAUCGUAUAUGUAUUGAUUGAUUGAAGAGAAACGAAGCGAGAGUUACGAGAGACUGUAGAGAAAAUUAAUAGAAUACAAUAGAAAAUUUUGGUUAUAGCUUAUAAGGCCUCACGGCUGAUGCAGAUUUACAUUACUGAUUGCACGCGCGCCCGCGUGCGAGAGAGUGUAUUCCUCCCUCUCUCUUCUUAUGAUAAAUAUAAUUAGUGCCUUGUGUAAUUGGAAGCGCGGGCGGAAGUGUGUAUCAUAUGACAGUGUGUACAUUGUGAAUGUGAAUUUAACGCGUGAUUCGUGCAAGAUCCGUAAUUAGCGGCAUAUAUUUAAUGUCUCACGAUUUGCCGAAGUUGCUGAAUAGUAUUUUAUGCCCGAUACACGCCGUUCGCGUUAGAUACUUAAGUAAUAUUACUACUCGUCGACAUGGCUGUAUGCGCUUUCGAAACGGUGACAUGAUACUUUGUACUUGUUUGUGACAUAGCAUAUCUCGUAACAACGAAACAGUGCUUCUUGCCAAUGCCAUUGAACAGGCAAUACCUACUCAAAGUAAGUAUUGCCUAUUCGUAAUUGUUAGAAUGAGAGUCCUCAGGCAAAAUGGUAGCAUAAAUUUCGCCUUUACAUCGCCUUUAUGUCGGAAAGAGAACGUGCGGAUUUUUCACGUGUACCAUUCAUCUCCGCAUGUAUACACUCACAUCGUCGUGAACGUGAAAUCUUAACGUCGAGUGUAAAACGGUGAUCGUUACGACUUUCCAUGAUGAGGCCGAUUACGAAUUUAUUCUGCUCUUUUGUCUCAUGGUUCGAGCCAUCCGGUGAAAUUCGAUAAUAAUAAAUGUCCACUCGGACAUGUUCUUCCCGUGUAUAAACACCAAUAUCAUCGUCGGUCUAAAAGAUCGCUAAUUAGUGGUGCGACCGCACGGGGAACGCUUCGAUCAUCGUAUGCGCUUCGCACGUGACCGGCACCGAGUGUCAUUUUUCUCUCUUAUCUCAAAGAGUAUUAGUCGAAGUGAUGUAGUAGUAGUGGUGGUGAGAGAGAGACAGAGAGAGAGAGAGAGAAAGAGAGAGGCAGAGCUGUGUAGUUGUAUGCGCCGAGGCGAAAGCUUUCCGAGUUAUCACAAACGCAUUGUAAAUAUAGUGGAGUUAAGUACCUAAGAUAGUAAAACGCAUCGUAAUAUAGACGACAUUUUGUACUACACGCGUAAGGUUGUCGUAAUAUCGCCUGAUGAUUUUCCGCGUAGCCGUUAUUAUUUAUAUUAUACUGUAAGGGAAUGUAUAAAUUUAAUCUUUAUUAUGUAAAGCCAAAAACACAUAUGCAGACACAAUACAUACACACAGACACACACACAUACGGAGUGCAUUGUUCAUUCAAGAAACGUUCGUCCGUUUCCCUCCUACUCAUCCAUCUCACUCUUCCGAGAGUACUUCCGGACACGCGAUAGCGACGUUAUCGCCGAAAGUUCACUCCCGAAGAGCCCACGCUCGCCGUUUUAUUGGCCGUGAGAGGAGGCAUUUGCAUCUUGCACUAUGCGUGGUCUUCCGGAAAGUAGAUACGGCUA